CAAACUGGAUGAAAAUCCAGGGCUGAGACUUCCUCCUUGGUGUGUUUGACAGGGACUGACGUACUCUUGGUCCUUUGAAUCCCGGAAGUCCAGAACACACCCAGCCCUGAUUGCAACGUCCAAAUGCUGGAGAGUAGGUGAAAGGACAAAAGGAAAAAGCACUUGGACAUGAGGGACCCACUGGCAGACUGUUCGUACAACAAGGCAUACAAGAGUCUCAAGGAACUUUCUCAAAAUGGAGAGAAUUUCUGCAAGCAGAUCACAUCUGUUCUUCAACAAAGGGCAAACUUGGAGAUCAGCUAUGCUAAAGGACUUCAGAAACUGGCCACCAAGUUGAGCAAAGUGUUGCAGGGCACCAAGAAAAACUGUCUCAGCAGUGCUUGGUUGUGGGCCUCGGAGGGCAUGAAAUCCACCGCGGAGCUGCAUCAAAGACUUGGCAAAGCAAUUGAGUUGGAAGCAAUAAAACCAACUUAUCAAGUCCUGAGUAUGCAGGAGAAGAAGAGAAAAUCACUUGAUAAUGAAGUUGAAAAGACAGCAAAUCUUGUUAUUAGCAACUGGAAUCAGCAAAUUAAGGCUAAGAAAAAAUUAAUGGUGAGUACCAAGAAGCAUGAAGCCCUUUUCCAUCUUAUAGAAAGCUCCAAGGAAUCUGUGACUAAGAAGGAGAAGCAGAAGCUCCUCAAUAAACUGAAAAAAUCAACUGAGAAGUUGGAAAAGGAAGAUGAAAAUUACUACCAAAAGAACAUGGCAGGCUAUUCAACCAGACUGAAAUGGGAAGACACACUGGAAAACUGCUACAAGAGCAUCCUGGAGCUGGAGAAGGAAAGAAUUCAGCUUUUAUGCAAUAACUUAAACCAGUACAGCCAACAUAUUUCUCUUUUCGGCCAAACACUGACCACAUGCCACACACAGAUUCACUGCGCCAUCAGCAAGGUUGAUAUUGAAAAGGAUGUCCAGACUCUCAUGGAAGAAACUGUGAUGUUAUCUACAGAAAACAAAUCUGAAUUCCUGCUAACUGAUUACUUUGAAGAAGAUCCUAACAAUGCAAUGGAUAAAGAGAGACGAAAAUCUUUAAUAAAACCAAAAUUGUCGAGACUGCAAAGAGACAUUGAAAAAGCUUCCAAAGACAAGGAAGGCCUGGAACGAAUGCUUAAUGCAUACUCCAGCAACUCUUCCUUCUCCGAUGAAAAGAGCCAGAAAGACACAGCGGCGUUAAUGGUGGAGAACAAUUUGAAACUAGACCUUCUGCAAGCAAACUCCUAUAAACUGUUGUCAGUAUUAGCAGAACUUGAGCAAAGAACUAAACCCAGCCAUCCCUGUAGCAACUCCAUCUUCAAGUGGAAAGAAAAGGAGCAUACUCAUACUUAUGUAAAAAUAUCUCGGCCUUCUUUAACAAAGAGAUCAGAGAAUGUUUUGAGUAGGACAUCUUCUGGUGGGCAGAAAAAUCCAAGUUCUUCAUCUUCAGCCUCCAGUGCAGCCCAGGUUGGAAACAAUCUUUGCAAGGCCUUAUAUUCUUUUCAAGCCAGGCAAGACGAUGAGUUGAAUUUGGAAAAAGGAGACAUUGUGACUAUACAUGAAAAGAAAGAAGAAGGAUGGUGGUUUGGAUCUCUCAAUGGGAAAAAGGGCCAUUUUCCUGCUGCUUAUGUGGAGGAGCUACCUUCAAAGGCUGGGAGCACAGCUACACAGGCAUAAACCAAAAUUCUGAACACACUGCCUUCCACACUCUGUAAACUAUACAAUGUGCUGCAAAGAAAGCUAAGAUGCUAUUAUAUUUGCAAAUUUUGCUUUUGCAAUGGGUGGUAGAGUCCUGUCUACAUGUCCAGCACUUUGUACCCAUGGUAAUUUGCUUGAAACAGAGUCAGAUAAAAAAAUGGAUGAGUAGAGAGAGGCAGGGAAGAGGCUCCAUGGUUCCAGAAGUUUCUGAAUGCUAAGAGACCCUAGAUAUGACCCAGUAUAACCCUUCACAUAACAGCAAGAGAUACUGAGUCUAGGGUGGGUUCAGCCACUUAUCCAAAAUCACAGUUACCUGAUGGCACAAUAGCAAUUUUUAAUGUCUGGACAUGGGUGGGAGCAGGACACAGCAGGCCUGCAAGGGGUCAAGCAAGCCCUGAGAGAUGCCAAAGAACACAGAUCAAGUCCAAAAAUAGUGACAGGUAAGCAAGUCACCAGUGAGGCAGACCCAGGUUAAGAGACAGUAGAAUAAGAGAUCAGGAGCCGAGCUCCAGAGUCCAUGGGAUGAGAAGGGGAGAUGAGAGACAAGAAGUCUGGAUCUUAGGCAGAGGGCCUCAAGGAAGAAUGGAGUUUCACCCCGAGCCAAUGGCCUUCUGGGCAAUAGCUUCUCAUACAGCCCCCACGCACCACCAAUUGCUUGCUCAUAGAGUUCAAGUGUAAGCCGGAAAUGUCUGGGGAUAUGAGGACAAGAGCAAAAUAGAUGGAAAAGAACUAGGAGAGAGACAGUGCCUGUAAUUCAUGCCUCUUUUCCCAUUUGAAAACAUCUUUUAUCAAUUUGGAUAUAAGGAAUUUUGCGCUUCCCAAAAUGAUGGAAAGAAUACCUUAAGCAGCUCCCUAGUAAAAAGAACUUUAAAUGCUAAUAAAUGUUUUGAACAGAAAGUCCUGGAAACAAAUAUUCACUAUGAAAAUGGAAUAUUUAUGUAGCUUCCUCAAAUGUCCUAUGAGAAAAGCUUGGGAAUGAGUGAAGCUGGCAGGCUGCACCUCCUUCCAGGGGAACAGUCUGGAUGGAGAUGUUACAGCAGGAGCUACACUGGCCUGAGAUCACACACUCCAUUGAAUGGAAGGUCAUGGAAACACCCAGGCAUGUUUACUUUUGUGCCAAAUAGAAAAUCUGGGCUUUGGAACUUCAAUGUGACUACUUAAGGAAUAAUUAAAAUCCAACAUAUUAUUCCCCUGCCCCCCUUUUUAAAAAUCAUCAAAUUUUAUACUUUCAAGAAGGAAUUUUUCAAACUAAGGUACAUAAUUUUUAUACUCUAUGACAUUACACUAGCACAGUAUAUAACUUGACACAAUAUUUAUAGAUGCAGAUAUCAGACCUCAAGGAACUCAAGUAAAAUUUAUUGUGUGAGACAUAACUUACAGACUAGAACAGAUCUGAAGUUUUAAUGUCAUCCUUAAUGGUAUAUUAAUGAAAACUUUCGGCAUGUAGAAAGUUGGCUGAAUAAUAGGCCAUUAUACCAUGAGCAGAGAUUUUGAAUUUAUAUUUCCUUUUCAUCUUACUUCUUUCCAUUAAGCCUUGAUGGAUGAAAAAUUGUGUAGAAAUUGAUUGCCGCCUACACUGGACUAUUUUGUAUAAAGUGAUGAUAAUGAUGAUUGGACCCUGAAACUCUCUGAAAGUAAUUUUCAAAGAGACCUUUCUUCAUGUAUUGGUUGUAUUUUAAGAAAAUGUAAGUGGCUGUCUUGUUUCAGAAUGUUGUUGCAAAUUCUUUUUGCAUCUCUGACAUUUUUAACUUCAAAGAAAUACUAUGGACUUUAACUAAAUAAAAUAUUCAAGUACAGUUGAAA